AGAUAUCUUUGUUUAAAAACGAACAAGAUGAAGCUUUAUUUACUUAUCUUUGUAACGAUCUGCAUUUGCAGUGUUCAGUCUGAUGAUCCUGUAAAACCUAUAGACAUUACUGAAGAGAAUUUUUCAGCCCUUGUAGACGCUUUGAAAAAGUUACUCGAACUACAUAAAAAUCCAGAGCAUGUGCGCAAAAAUGUUGUUGAAAAAGUUCGUGAAUUAAAAGACACAUUUAAAAUAACCUCUAAAGAACGCAGCCUACUUCCAGAUUUUCAGGAAUGGUUACGAACAUUAUAUUAUGGUUUGGGAUCAGUAAUUAAGCUUAUGUUGCCUCCUAAUAGGGAUAUCUAUGAUGUAGUCGCUGACUUUGCAGCGACAUUGGUUAGUCACCUUGUUCGCGAAAAUAAACCACUUUUAGAUCUCUUGGAAAAGGUCAUAAUUGCUUUAUCAAACAUAGCGAGAGUAGCAAUUAAUAGUGCUUUAGAUAUUAUCAUACCACCCCCAUACAUUCCUUUAUAAACCAUUAUUAUGUUUUUCCAAUAAAUUAAUAAGCAUU